AUGGUCUCCUCAAAAUCGAUCUACUUCGCCCUCGCGGGCAUCCUCGCCCUCCUCGCACCACAAGCCCAGGCCUACGACCCGCAUAGAAAUUCCCCCGACUUCAACAUCGACCUCCAGCGCUAUUCCGACGGCGAGUGCCGCGAGCCUUACGGCAGAUGGCGCAGGGGCAAGACCGAUCAGCGCGUUAGGAUCAAAGGGCCCAAGCCCAAUGUCGGCGAGAGGUGCGAAUCGUUCAAGAAGGGUGAUGAUGCGUUCGGGAGCUUCGACUUCAAGUGGAAGCCGAGGAAGCACUAUGAGGCGGAUACGGCCCAAGACGAUCCGUGGAAGGGCAAGGGCGAAAAGAAGAGGUACUGCUACAUCGAGGUGUACGAGGAGAGAGAGUGCCAAGGAGAGGUAGUAGGCACUUUGAGCGAGGCGAAUCGGUGGGAACAGAUUGAGGAGUGUGCCGGCGGGUUUGAUGGAAAGGGACGCAGCGUGCUUCUGGUGUGUUCUGAUCACUGA